ACUUCCCCGUACUAGCAGACCACGGGGGAUUCCUCUUGACGGCGACGAAUGAUUUUCGGUGCUGCAAACCUCUUCCUUUCUUCAGCAAACCACCGCCAUUAUGGCCACCGCGCACCACGCUCUGCUUUGCUUGCUGUUUGUUGUUCCCAGCGUGAGUUCCCAAGCAGGCCCAGUAAUAUCUAUGACUGGAGCCGGCACCAAGAACUUGAUGGACGACGUGGAACGGCUGCUCAACACACUGGUGCGAAACGCGAUGCCGGCCAUGUCCGAUCUGAUGGACAAGAGCAACGUGAGCACCGCCUGCACCGCAAGCAUCUUCAAGGCAUUCCUGGCACUUAGGAGACACGAGCCCUGGGUUAUCAGAAUGCUCCUCUCCAACGGCCUGCUGCCGGCCAACAUCUUGGAAGGCAGCCUGGUGAGCGUCGGCUCCUACUCUCAAUGCCUCAAGGCGCGCGUGCUCGACGACCAUGGACAUGUGAAGUUCAAGGGCCAGUACUGCUCCCUCUUCAUCAAGCCCGCCAGGUUGCUGCUCAGAACGCUCGCCGAUAGAUUUCACAUGACGAGUGAGCUCACGGGUAGACGCGCUCUUAUCAACGGAUCGACCAAUGAAAAAGUCUCUAACCCAAAUAUUAGGUUUGGAAUAUGCGCUCCGUCCACUUGCUCAGCGAAUGACUUGCAAUUCAUAACAACCAAAAUGGUGAGUUCAUACGGCAUCACAACAGAGGUAAACGGAUGCCGCACGAAUGACCCGAAAAAGAUGACGAAGCUCCAAGCGGGCACAGUGGCAUUUUUAUGCUGCCUAGCAUCUGUCGUGGUCCUCGCUACGAUAGUCGAAUAUGCGAUCCAGCGAAGAAACCUGCCCCGAAAGAAGCAUAAUCCAGAGACCCCACUGAGGAUACUGCUCAUGUUCUCGGCCAUCAACAACAUGCGCAUGCUGCUGAGAACGACAGACGUCGGGAGGAAGAAGAACCCCUUGAACUUUGUUGGUGGAAUCAAAGUGUUCCUCAUGUUUUGGGUCGUCUACGGGCACGCAUACAUCAUUGGACAGAUGGAGUUCGCAGAUGACUUAUUUUCGCUUUUGGAAAUUUUCGCCAAAGUGCCUUCUCAGGUAUUGCCAAACGCUGUUCUGAGUGUUUCCACCUUCUUUUUCUUAAGCGGGUUUGUACUGCCAUUUAUGGUGCCAAAACCAAAAACAAGCAAAACAAGCAUAGGAACCAUGUACCUGGUGGGAAUCAUAAAACGUUACAUCAGAGUCACAGUGCCCACAAUGGCUCUGAUCCUGUGUUUUUACCUGGUGCCCUUGAUGGUGGACGGGCCAGCUGACCAAGACAAUUUGGCUUUGCACGAGAGAAACUGCAUAGAGAGGCCUUGGGCUGUGCCAGCGCUCAUGAACAACUUCCUGCCACUGCACAUCAUGUGCCUCAAUCACCUGUGGUAUGUUUGCGCUGACCUUCAAAUAUUCAUUGUAGUUGGGCUUCCAAUGGCACUGGCAAUAUUAAGGUACCCGAAGACUUCCUCCGUGCUUUCAUUCGCUGUGGCACUUUUCUGCUGCGGCUUGACUGCGUACCAGAUAUACAAGUGGGGAGUCACAUACUCCGUGACGGUUGGAACAGCGGAUAUUAGCCUCAGCCUAUCCCACCUGGAGUACAUUUACGUGAGGCCUUUCUGCCAUGUCGUGUCCUAUGUGGCUGGUAUAUUUGCCGGAUACCUGUCAGUCUGCCACGGAUCAGUGCCUUUUGGGCGCUGGUUCCAGGUAGCACAGUGGAUGCUAUCGUUGGCUCUGCUGCUAUUCGUCAUGUUCGUGACGGUUCCAUGGAAUGAAGGCAAAUUGCCGAGUGCUCCCGUGAAUGCCCUCUAUGGUGGAUUCCAUCGACUACUUUGGAGCGUCGCCUUGAUGUGGCCUUGCUACGCCAGCGCCACCGGACGGGGAGGAUGGUUCGACGGCUUUUUUUCGUGGACAAUGCUUCGGCCCUUGUCAAGGUUGACCUUCUGCAUCUACCUGACACACGUUCCCAUGUUCUACAUCCGCACAGGAAAUAUGAGGACCAAUUUUGAGCUGAACGAGUUUUUUCAGCUCAGCACUUCCAUGGGCAUCUACUGGUUCAGCGUCGUGUUCGGGUUAGCCCUGCACCUGUGCGUCGAAGCACCCGUCGCGCACCUGCAAAAAUUUCUUUUCGAGAGUGACUCUGAGAAGAGCAAGGCGUCGACUGAUGUCAAGCCAUCUGCUAUCGAGAAUGGGGAACAACGGUCAAAGUUAUAAUAACCACCCAGUUGUGAGAGGAAACAAGCCGUUUUUUUUCCUCAUCAAGACCUCUCGAGCAGACAUUCUUGGUGGCACCGUAAUUAUUACUUCGGCCUGAACCACAUACGUUAAAAAUCACUAGGUUGACAAAAAGCUUCGCUCGUAUUGUUUCGGUGACGGCAAAUCAUGAACAAGGUGCCCUGUGGUCUACACGCAUAAGUUAUUUACUGCGACACUGUACUUUACUACCAUCCGUUGUUUGUUACUGUUCAUGUGACACGUGGGCACAAUAAAGGCGUUCGCACUGUCA